AUGAAACCACCUAGUCGGCCUGAACUCUUUGAUUUUGAGGGUGUUUCUAUGGUCCACUACUUCACUGACAACUGGGAAAAGGUGAAAAACUUUCAAGCAAGACCUGAUGACAUUCUAAUCGCCACUUACCCCAAAGCAGGUACCACCUGGGUCUCAUAUAUUCUAGACCUUCUGUACUUUGGUAAGGAUGAUCCAGAGUGCCAGACUUCCCAACCUAUCUAUAUGAGAGUGCCAUUCCUGGAGUCAUGUUUUAAAGUGAUACCAUCAGGAACAGAACUGGCUGAUAAUCUGACCACCUCUCCUCGCCUCAUCAAAACUCAUUUGCCUGUUCAGCUUGUGCCCAAGUCCUUCUGGGAGCAGAACUCAAAGAUUGUGUAUGUAGCACGGAAUGCAAAAGACAAUGCAGUUUCUUAUUUUCAUUUCGAUCGAAUGAACAUGGCACAGCCUGCACCAGGAGACUGGAACACCUUCUUACAGAAAUUUAUGGAAGGAAAAAAUGUGUUCGGCCCUUGGUAUGACCAUGUCAAUGGAUGGUGGGAGAAAAAACUGACUUAUUCUAACCUAAUAUACUUGUUCUAUGAAGAUUUGGUGGAAUAUACAUUUUACCAUGACCUUUUCAGGACAGGAUAUGAGGUGGAACGUUUGUGUUCCUUCUUGGGUUUGUCCACCUCAGUUGAAGAGAGGGAGAAAAUAACAAAAGGGGUUCAGUUUGAUGCCAUGAAACAGAACAAGAUGACCAACUAUUCCACUAUCCCAGUCAUGGACUUCAAGAUCUCACCCUUCAUGCGGAAAGGUAAAGUUGGAGACUGGAAAAGUCAUUUCACUGUAGCACAAAAUGAACAGUUUGAUGAGGUCUACAAACAGAAGAUGAAGAACACCACUGUCAAGUUCCGCACUGAGAUUUAAUACUUGAGUUCUGGAUGUUGUACCAGAGUACUAGCUAAAAAAGGGUGUGUCAAGAUAAAUGUCACAAUAAAUCAU